GCGCCCACGCGGGGGUAAAAACGUAAUAUAAAAAAAUAUAAACGGUAAUGGCAACUAGGGUUUCAGGCCUAUAAAUAUUAACAUAAAUCUCUGUACUCUUUGUUUUGUAGUCUACGAAGUCUUCCGCUAGGAGAGCUUCAGUAUCAAACCCUAGAGGAGGAGAUGGCGACCGUACCUGGGCAGUUGAUAUGGGAGAUUGUAAAGAAGAACAACUGCUUUUUGGUGAAGGAAUUUGGAAGAGGCAAUGCAAGCGUUCAGUUCAGCAAAGAGACCAAUAACCUCUACAAUCUCAACUCCUUCAAGCACUCCGGGUUGGCGAACAAGAAAACAGUUACCAUUCAACCUGUUGGUAAAGAUCAUUCUGUGUUGCUGGCAACUACCAAGACUAAGAAACAAAACAAACCUAGUACUUUGCUUCACAAGUCUCUUAUGAAAAAGGAGUUCCGCAGGAUGGCUGAUGCAGUUGCUAAUCAGAUCCUAAACAUGCCAAACCAGAAAACCCGAACCACCCACAUUCAAAAUAAGCGAAUAGAACUUGUUAGGUAUAGUUUUUUUAUGUUUAGUCGAUCCCCACUCCUUGCUUAAUGCAUGGUGCUUCUUCAUUUCUUGGUAAUAGUUACUUCUGCAAUGAUGAGCCUCUAACAUGUAAGAAGAGCCUUCUUUGGAGGUUUUUUCAGUGAAAUACACUUGUUAUGCUUGGCUUCUGAGUAUUCACAAUUUAUGUAGUGUUUUAAUAAAAAUAUAACCUGGAGUUUGCAGAUUUUGUGCUUCAGUAUUGCCAUCUUUCAGUUUCAUAUUCUUUGCAGAUCCUAAGCAUGCCCUACCUAACAAUCACAUACCGCAAAAUAAAUGAAUAAAACUUGUUAAGUCUAGGUGUUUAUUCCCAUCCUUCUUGUUUUGGAUGCAUGGUACCACUCUGAUUAAACUUAAUUGUUAUUUAUGCACUGAUGAGCCUUUUACAUGUGA